UGGUUUUCUUUUUGUUCAUUUUUUGAGAAAAUGGCGGCGUCAAGUUCUGCCAAAUUUUUUGUACAUCAGAAUCAAAAUAAAGCAAAUAACAGUGCUGUUUCUGCUUUCUCUGCUGAUAGUGACGUUGCUGAGUUCAUUGAAACGUCGGAAAAUGUGGAUAAAAAUUUGGGAAAACUCCUUACAAAUAAUACUAAAAGUGAUGUGAAUAUUAAUCAUAAGUAUAACGUCAAUACGUCAAACGAAGAUUUGGAGCACUUUGCUUUCGUUGACAUUGAAGAGAAAAUUUCUGCCACAACUGUAAUUGUUAAAAAGCCUCACAAAACUAAUGCUGUUGUGAACGAUCAUGAGUCUCACAAAAACGCAACAAAUAAUAUUAUAACUGAAGAAGAUAAAAAUAAUACAAAAAAAAAGUCAACUGGUAAGGAAGUCAAUAACAAUUUGGUCAAUUCAAAAAUAAAUUUAUCAUAUACGGAACAACCUUUGCUGCUUCAUACCUACACCUCAAACAAUAAUCAACCAAAGAAUAAAAAUGAAUUCAUAACACCUGGAAACUUCGCACAAAAUAUUACGCCUGAACAAACGUUCUAUAAAAGCUCUAUUGAAGGUUCAACAAGUUUGCCACAACAACAAUACACUUCAUCAUAUACAUAUAAACAAAACGAAGGAGUAGUAAAUAUAUUGCCACAGGUGUUGCAUAGAUCAGUUGAAAAUAUACAUAAUAAUAACAGCAUAAAGCAUCCACAAUCCGUCAUGAACUCCAGUCAAACAACUCAGGGAGCGCCAGGAAAUCGGAUAACAUUUACAAGUCAAGCAUUACCGAAUGGUACUAUAAAUAUAGGUGGUGGACAUCCUGGUACAGGUUCAACAAUCAUAUCCACUUCUCAACUGCCCAACACAACAACGAUUAAGACAAUAACAUCUAGUGCGGCUGGAGCGCAUCAUCAUGGUUUGCCACAACAAGUACAGGUACAACAUCAUCAGGUACUACAAACACCUCAACAUCAGGGUCAAACGGGCCAUACAACAGCCCAACAGCAACAGCAUAAUAAUGCCCAAUCAGUAGGUGCCACUCAGACACAAACUUUAGUUAUAAAAUCCAAUCAUGCAGUAUCAUUGCCAGCCGUUGUUUUAAUGUCAAAAUUUCCAGUGGCAUUUACACAUAGCACACAACACAAGAAGGCGCAACAACAACAACAAGAAGAAGAAGACGAGAUCAAGAAAUCUUGUUUUUAA